UCGUAGGCUAAAGAUCUAGCCUCUCUUUCUCUUCUUCUUCUCCUUCUCGCUCUCUCUCUCUCUCUCUCUCUCUAAUCCCUCUUCUUCUAUUCAACGAAGGCUUUCUAGGGUUUGAGGUCGCGCGCAUCUUCUUCUUCAACGGCUCUGGCAACGAGAUCCAGGUUUUAAUUGGGUUCCUGGGGGCGGUUCUAGGGUUUUGGUUUAUCAAGCGCAUUGUAUUGGUUGGCUCGCGCAUUCGUUUUAAGCUUUCCAUUUGGGGCAUAUCACCGUUCGCGAUCUAGGGUUUUCAACUGGGGUUUAUACGUAGAGAGAGAGACCCAGUUUAGGUUUUGCUCGUUUAUGCAGCUUUGAAUUUUGAAUUGAGUUCGGGCAUCUGGUGAUCAAUAGGGCCUUUCCUUGCUGAAAGUUUUGAACUUUGUGACGAAUCCGUUGAACCCUGGACAUUUGGAGAGAACUAAACAGGCGGUGGUAUACAUAUUUAGAUUGGGUUUGGAACAAAAAAAGGAAUAUAUAAAUAAUUGGGUUGAAAUUUUGGGGGUUUCGGAUUUUUUGAACUGGAGGCGCUUCAAUUUUAUGCAUUUUGAAUUUUGGUGUCAUUAAGAUAAACUUAUAAGGGACUAAAAUUAUUUGCUACAGUUGAUAUGUGCAGUAAUUUGGAGUUUAUCUUAUGGCACCUACUGUUCCAAUAGACUUCACUGGACAGAAACAAUCAAUGAUGGGCAAGUCACGCAAGUAUUCAAAAGGGCAGCUAUCUGGUUUUGUGCCGGAUUAUCGUCACGCUGUUGAGACCAUGGGGGAAUCAGAAGGGUUUGGAAGCUCAGGACGGGUGGACGCAGAAAUGACAGCUUCGGAAGAUUCCUGUGCGCCUUCUAAAAGGAAAUGCAUUAGUUUGAAUGUUGAUGGUUAUGAUAGUUUUGGGUUGCCUAUGCAAGUGCUUCAGCUGUCAAGAAUGUCUCGGACUGAAAGGAAGGAUUUAGAAGUGAGGCUGAAUUUGGAGCUGGAACAGGUCCGGGACCUUCAGAAGAAAAUUGCAGCCAUGAGUUCAGCUAUUGUGUUAUCCCCAUCUAGUGAUAUUCGGAGUUGCAGUGAUGGGAAAACCAGACCUCCAGUCGAGGCUUACCAUAGACCGUCUGAACCAACUGCGCCUCAGGGUAAGAAACGAGCUCCUCCUGGGCGUAAUGGUUCACGCAACAAAAAGAGCUUAUCUGCGCAUGUGGAGUCUGUGAAGCCAGUUGCCGCUUCAAAUGCUCAGUUGAUGAAACAAUGUGAGGGUGUGCUAAAUCUGUUGAUGAAACAUACAUAUGCUUGGGUUUUCAAACAUCCUGUAGACGUCGUGAAGUUGAAUAUUCCGGAUUAUUUUACUGUCAUUAAGCAUCCAAUGGAUUUGGGCACUGUGAAGAGCAAGAUGACUUCUGGUGGAUACUCUAAUCCAUUAAGUUUUGCUGCUGAUGUGCGGCUUACAUUCUCAAAUGCAAUGACUUACAAUCCACCUGGAAAUGAUGUACAUAUUAUGGCUGAGACACUCAGUAAAUAUUUUGAACAGAAGUGGAAGGCAAUAGAAAAGAAGCUUCCUGUUGAUGUGGAUCCUUUGCCUUUUAGAGCAGCUCUUCAUACGGAAAUUAUAGAAACUGCUACACCUAUGCCACCCUCAAAGAAGAAGAAAACUAUACCAAAUGAUAGUAGCUUCAAGCCAGUCAAGCCUGUCAAGCCAGAAACUCUUAAAUGCAUCAUGACUGAGGAGGAGAAGCAUAAACUGACCGAGGAGGUGGAUUCUUUGCUGGGAGAAUUGCCUGAAAGCAUUAUUGAUUUCUUAAAGGAGCAUAGUGGUGAAGGGCAAACCAGUGAGGAUGAGAUUGAGAUUGACUUUGAGGUUCUCAGUGAUGAUACUUUAUUUGCAUUGCGGAAGCUUGUUGAUGAAUAUCUGCUGGAUAAAGAGAAAAGGCAGGAGAAAAAUGAACCUUGUGAAAUGGAGAUCCUUAAUGAGCCGGGAUUUAGCAACUCUUCACUGCAUCCAUGUAAAGGCAAUGACAUGGUUGAUGAGGAUGUGGAUAUUGUUGGUGGAAACGAUGCUCCUAUAUCAAGCUUCCCUCCUGUAGAGAUUGAGAAAGAUGCAGCUCAUAGAAACAGUAAAUUCAGUAGCUCAAGUAGCUCCAGUAGUGAAUCAGGCUCUUCGUCUAGUGAUUCUGACUCUGCCAGUUCUUCAGAAAGUGAAUCACGUGUUCCUAAAGCUUCACCUGCAUUUGGUGGAGGAAAGGAAAAGUUUGGUUCAGGAGCAAAUUCAGAUCAAAAGAGAAGUGAUCUUGGUGAUUCUGAAAUUGGCAAAGAUCCAAUCAAUGGGGUUGUCCCAGUUGAGCAGAAAUCCCCGUCUAAACCAAUUUCUGUCGAGGAGGGUGAACGACAAGAGGAGGAGAGUGCUCCACCUGAGAGGCAGGUCUCCCCUGAAAAGCUCUACCGCGCAGCUGUACUGAGGAAUCGGUUUGCAGACACAAUAUUUAAAGCCAAAGAGAAGGCACUUGAAAAGGGUGAUAAGUUGGAUCCAGAAAAAUUGCGAAUUGAGAGAGAGGAACUUGAAAGGCGGCGUAAAGAAGAAAAAGCACGGUUGCAAGCCGAGGCCAGAGCUGCAGAAGAGGCUCGGAAAAAGGCUGAAGCAGAAGCUGCAGCUGAAGCUAGAAGGCAAAGGGAACUGGAGAGAGAAGCUGCACGCCAGGCAUUGCAAAUGAUGGAAAAGACGGUCGAAAUUAAUGAGAACAGUCGAUUCAUGGAAGAUCUAGAAAUGUUUAGGGCUGGUGACGAGGAUCAUUUACCACAUUUCAUUGAGGAGACCAGCCCGGAGCAUUCUCAGAAUGAGCUUGGUAGUUUCAAGCUGCAGGGUAGCUGUAAUCCCUUGGAGCAACUUGGUUUAUUUAUGAAGGCGGAUGAUGAUAUAGAAAUAGAGGAGGAAGAAAUUGAUCCUCCCAGGAAUUUUACAGAACCAGCAAACGAAGUUGACGAUGUCGAGGAGAGACCUUCAAACGAUGUUGUGGAAGAAGAACCUUCGAACGAAGUUGAAGAGGUACCUUCAAACAGAGUUGAUGUUGAAGAGGGACCUUCAAACGAGGUUGAUGUUGAAGAGGGACCUGGGAAUGAUAUUGGAGAGGGACCGGGGAAUGACAUUGGAGAGGGACCGGGGAAUGAUAUGGGAGAGGGACCUGGGAAUGAUUUGGGGGAGGGACCAGGGAAUGAUAUGGGAGAAGGACCUGGGAAUGAUAUGGGGGAGGGGCCUGCUAAUGAUGUUGAAUUACCUGCAAACGAGAUUAAAGAGGUUUCUGCAAAUGAUGUUGCAGAGGGAACAGAAAAUCAUGUUGAAGAGUCAGCAAAUCAUGUUGAUGAGAGAACUGAAAAUGAGGUUGAAGAUGUGGAAGAAGGAGAGAUUGAUUGAUUUAUUGCUAACAUUCUUUCUUCAUGUUCCCUUUUACCCAUGGAGAAGCAAAAAUGGUAAAGAUGAUGAUGAAGGCACUGGGCAAAUGGCCUGGGAUCCUUUGAUUGGCAUUGCAUACCAGACAAAGCUUAGACCAGGAGAAGCAAAAAAGAGUUAUGAAAUGGGUGUGAGCUUGUGUUCUAUGAAAUGAUUUUUUGAUUUUGAUUUGGGAUAUGGAGUGGGAACUUGGUUGGUAACGUCAUUCAAUCAUUUUGCCCAUGGAUGAUAAACCUGUGGGUUUUUGAUCAAAGAAAGAGAUGUGUUUUAAUCAGGAAAUUCAAUUUUUGUCUGUAAAAAGUAAAGUUGCAUAGAUUUUAUGUGUUAAUAAUAGGCAGACGGUCGGCUUAGAAUUGUAAAAUAUCAGUCAGGCUAUUGUGACAUUCGAUCCGUUUUUCCUUGGAGAGAAAUGUCUUCCAUAGGUGUUGUAGACAAUGGUAGAUUUGAUUCAAGAAAAAAAAAAAAAAAAAAUUCAAGUUU